AUGGCUGCGAAAACCUAUUUGAACCGGGCGAAGCUGGCCCUAUUUACCGAAGGCGCGGCGCAAGUCGCAACCAUGAAAUUAGUGACCACGGUAACGACGAUAGAGCCGCUGACGUCUACGGUGGGGCUCGCGCGCUCUACGAUGAAUUACACGUCGGCCGAAGUCAUGGAGAAGCUUUCACAAAAGAUCAACAUCCGCGCAAUCGACGAGACAUCGCUGAUCUGCCUUCUAGUCGCGUACUCAAUUCUAAUUACGACCGGUGCCGUAGGAAACGGGCUCGUAUGCAUAGCGGUGGCGCGGAAACCCGCCAUGCGAACCGCACGGAACAUCUACAUCAUCAAUUUGGCGAUCAGCGACCUAAUACUGUGCCUAUUCACGAUGCCCUUUUCUUUGUUGGAGAUCGUGUUGAAAUAUUGGCCGUUAGGAACUCUGACAUGUAAACUUGUCUCUGGGCUCGAAGCGACGAGUAUAUUCGUCUCGACCAUUUCCAUAAUGGCGAUCGCGAUCGAUCGCUACAAAGUUAUAGUGUAUCCUACGAGGGAGCAGUUCAAUCCCAUGAAAGGUGUCUUGAUGGUUGCGAAUAUCUGGAUGUUCGCUCUGCUGUUAGCAAUGCCGCUUUUUCUAUACAAAAAUAUGGUGCGUCUCGAAAACCCGCACCGACGAUUGUUGCUCAAGUACGGCUUCCAAAUAUCAUCUCUGGAUUUCUGUGUGGAGCAAUGGCCCAUCGAAAACGGAGGGUUCUUCUAUUCAUUGUUCACCAUGGUUUUCCAAUACAUGCUGCCCAUUCUCAUCGUAUCGGUAGCCUACGCAUCGAUUUGCCGCAAACUACGAGACCGCAUGGUAGCGAAAGGAUCGCAGCUCGAAGAGAAGCUCUUACGAGAACGACAACGUGUCCAGCGAACUAAUAAGCUUCUCAUCUCGAUAACGGUCAUCUUCAUCUUGAGCUGGUUACCACUCAACGUGCUGAACGCUUACGUCGACUACAUGGGCAGCGAGAUGGACAACUCCUUCAGGGUUCUGUUCGCCUGCUGUCACAUGUGUGGGAUGAGUUCAGCCUGCUCGAAUCCUUUCCUAUACGGAUAUCUGAACGACAAUUUUCGCAAAGAGUUCAAAGAGAUCCGAGCCGCCUGUUUCUGUAGGAGACAGAGCCGAUUCAACUCGCGCCGGAGCACGAUUGAGGAUUCGAGGCUGCCGUCGACCGUACCGACCGUGAGAACCAUCGAAAUAAACUAAACCGGGUUCCGGGUCGACAUCGCCGCGUCUGGUCCUCCCGCGCACGCGAUCCGCCUGAGACUUAUGACGGUUUUCGGGUAGCAGUCGCCGAUACGAAGGAGCGAAGGCUCUGUAAACUGUGUCCAUAUGUGUUGAUGACGUGAUCCGCGAUCGAGAUGCGGAAAACGUGGGAACUCGAUCCUAAUUCUUCGACUAAAAAUCGAGUACACGAAAUGCGAGGUCUAGGAGUUCUCGGGGCAGGCCCGCAUGGAUCGUCUCGAUGUCAGGUGUAAGAAUUGGCAGGUAUAUGAUAUCUUAUUUUGAAUUCGAGGGAAUUCAUUGAGUGGUGAUCGUCCUGAAAUUUUCGAAACGAUUCUCGUAUGUCUGAGAUAGCCUCACAAC